GUCCCUUCCCACAAAUCCUACCAUAUUAUUCCUCCUCUACAUCUGUACCCAAUACCCAUCCCUCUCUCUCUCUCUCUCUCUCUCUGGUUGUGUCAGAGCAGAUCUAGAGUUUUUUUUUUUUGUUGCCUUUUGUCUUCGCAAGCAAGAGGACCCUUUGUGUCAGAAGAAAAUCCCAUCUUCCAAUCCUUAAUGGUCACCCCGUUUGUCUGUCUUUCAUCCUCCCAAAAGGUAACUUCUGUCAGAGAGUUGUACUACUAGGUUUGAGGAUCUUCUUUGCAUGCCACCAUGGCCACAAAGGGUGUAACCCUAAACACAAACGCCCGGAAAAUCAGGUUUGCUCGUAGAUUUAUCAGCAUCCUCUUGAAAAUGAGAAAGACAAGAUCACCCUGUUCCAGCUCGUCCAUCGAGGAUGUCCGUAAACGCAGCCAGAGAAUAAAGAUCGCGGCGUAUUCGUCCAUGGCUCAUGCAGUCGGGCCAAGGAGGGCCUGGAGCCGAGCCGUUCUUUUCAAACUUCGAAGCCGAGCAAGGCACCAGAGCAUGAUGAAGAGGAGAUCCUUCGGUUUGCAGAAGAAAAGGGUCGUUGUUGUUAAGAAUAAUAAUGAUAUUAUUCCCUCAGGACAGCUAAGCCAAGCCGACAGGCUUAGACAGCUUGUGCCGGGUGGAAAAGCCAUGGAUAUGUGCAGCUUGUUAGAGGAGACAGCCGACUAUAUUAGCUGCCUUGCCACCCAGGUUAAGGUCAUGCAGACUAUUGCUGAUCACUUUUCUAAAUGAGCAUCACAAAAACUUUUCUACAUAUAGACAAUGUCAGGGAAGGAAACAAAAAAGAAAAAAAAGAUGAAUAAAAAAGGUAGGGGGAAGGGUGGGGUAAAAAGGAAUAAGAAUAGAGGGAGUACGUGCUAAAUAGAUCAUAUAUAGAACUGGUUUGACACGCACAUAUACAAACCUACACGUAUUUAAAGACUCUUACGCUUGGCUUCUCUUGAUUGUACAUAGAUAAUCCUACUUGUUAUGAGGGGAUGAAUAGCUUUUUUAUAUUAUACUCUUUCUCUCUCUCUCUAGAUGUCUGUUUGUGUGUUAAUUUGUUGUCUGUAGAUGCUUGUUACUGAGUUAUUUUUGGUCUGGAGGGAGUGUGUAUAUAGACAUAUUUUUCUGUUGCUUGUGAUAUGUAAAUUAUUCUUCAUACUGUUAAUUAAAGUAGCGUUUCAGGUGAAAAUAUUGAGGUAUGAAAAGAAAUGCAUGCCCCUGUACACACAGA